AUGUCACAUCCCAGGGAAUUCCGCACGGAUGUGGCGACUGAGACCUCCGUGCCAUCGUCUCCGGUGUACUUCCGAACGAUAGUUAGGAGAGACCAUGCUGGUUACGGUCUAACAGUGUGCGGCACAAAUCCCGUCACCGUGCGCAGCAUUCGCGAAGGUGGAACAGCUGAACGCGCAGGACUGCGACCUGGUGAUGAAAUUAUCAAAGUCAAUGGUUUAAACGUUGAAGAAAUGGAACACCAGGACGUGGUUGACAGAAUCCGAGAAUGCUUUAUGCGACCGAAAGCUCCAGGCGCAAUUAAAAGCAAAAGCUUUGAACACCUUUUCUAA